AUGCGGGCUGGCCCAGGGGCGCUGCGGGCGCUCGAGACCGUCACGCUUGGCGCCUCGGCCGCCCGCCGAGCCGCGCGCGCGAGGACUGCGAGGCGGCGGCGCGGCCGGCACUGGUGCUGGCGGCGAGUGGGUGCCGCGUGCCAGGGGCGCGGAUGCGGCGCCGCAGCGCCGCGCUCCACGCAGCGCGUCCCCGCGCGGGGUUUCGCCGCCGCCUCGGCUGCUGGCAUAGCUUGGGCGGCGGCUGGGCCGCGACUCGGCGAGGUGAUCGUGGUGCACGUGGCGGGGCUGGAAGCUCGGCUGUUGAACGCCGCGGACAAGGGCGACCUCGAGGAGGUAGAGGUCCAGCUGGAGUUCGGGGGAGAGGACGUCGAGAGCUCCGAGAUCUUGCUGGCGUGGUCCCUCCGCGCCGAGGCGGUGGAGUUCUUCCCCCAUAUCGCGGGUGUCGGCGAGGCGGAGGCGGAGGUCUUGCAGUCUUUCGUGGAGGCUGAGGCCCGCCUGCUGGCGGCGGCGGCCGCGGCUGUGCGGAAUGCGGUGCGGCGCCGUGCCGCCACCCCUGCGACGGAGACCGAGAUGGUGAUCGGCGAAGCGGCGAACGUGGCGGACCCCCUGGCGGACCCCCUGGCUGACCCCCUGGAGGAGAAGGAGGUCGUCGACGAGGAGGUAGACGGCGUGAAGUCCCACGAGGAGGGUUCCCGCCAGGGCACGCUGCGCCUAGGGUGCGGCGUGUGGGGCGCGUGGGUGCAGCGCGCCCUCACCGUCCUGAACAACCACCUGCUGCACAACACCUUCAUGGUGGGGCAUACCAUGACGCUGGCUGACAUCUCCGUGUGCUGUGCGCUGGUGGACGGCAUGAAGCUAGUUCUGGACGAGGAGUUCCGCAAGCCGUUCGGCAAUCUCAUGCGGUGGUUCGGCCUGUGCACCGCCCAGCCCGAGUUCGCGAGCGUCCUGGGGGCCGUGCAGCUGUGCGGCAAGGGCGCGGCCGCGCCGAGGAAGGAGGCGGCGCCGAAGAAGGAGCCGGUGGCCGAAGAGCCCUACCGGCGGAGCUGGUCUCGGCGCGAGCUGUGCGUGCACCCUGAUGCACCCUGCUCGGCGUGCCGCUCCCCCGGCACGGUCGUCCCCCGGAUGUUCCAGGCGCAGGCUGUCUUGAGUGACCUGUACACGGACCUGAGCACGAUUGAGAAGAAGAUCGACGCGCAGGAUAAGAUGAUCAGCUACUUGGCCGAGACGAUCAAGAACCUCGAGAAUCAGAUCUGA